AUGAAAGCUUAUGUGUCAUACUUUUUCCUGUGCGGAGUGUCAGGUAAUGUCUCUGAUGAGAAGUCAAACUGCCCACUGGGGUAUUUCCCCUGUGGAAAUCUCAGUAUAUGUCUCCCUCAGCUGCUGCACUGCAAUGGGGAGGAUGACUGUGGGAACAAGGCAGAUGAGGAGAAUUGUGGAGAUAACAAUGGAUGGCCACAUCUUUUUGACAAAUAUUUUGGAAUCCUCAAUAAUGACUUUGGAACCAAGUCAAACAAGUGUUUGCUUGGAACAGUUCCAGAUAAGUGCCUCUGCAGAGACCUUGAACUGGACUGCGAUGGUGCUCAACUCCAAGCUGUCCCCACAGUGCCAACGAAUGUGACUAUGAUGUCUCUCCAAAGAAAUAGACUGCAGAAACUGGAUGCUGACAUAUUUUAUGAUUACCACAACCUCCAAAAAUUGUAUCUGCAGCACAACAGGAUUCGGGCUGUGAACCCAAAUGCGUUCCAAGGACUGUAUAACUUAACAAGACUGUAUUUAAGCUAUAACAGGAUAUCUGUCCUGGAGCCAGGAGUGUUCCGUGAUCUUCACCAACUGGAGUGGCUGAUUCUAGAAAACAACAACAUCAACCAAAUAUCUCCAAUGACCUUUUCAGGACUGUGUUCACUUGUCCUUUUGGUAUUGCUCAAUAAUUCUCUGAAUCAGCUUGACGAUAUCUGCCUGGAGAUGCCAAGGCUAAACUGGCUUGACAUGGAGGGAAAUCAAAUCUCGCGUGUGGGGAAUGUAACAUUUGGCUCUUGUAACAUGCUUACUGUCCUAGUACUACAGAGGAACAGAAUCACUCACUUGAACAGACACGCUUUCACACCUUUGCAAAAACUCGGAGAGCUAGAUUUAUCAAACAACAACAUUCAAAGGAUCCCACAAGACCUAUUUGUUGGUCUGUCUGAGCUACUGCAAUUGAAUAUUUCACAUAACCCCAUAAUCGAAUUUCAGAUGGACCACUUUGAUAACCUGCGUAAACUAAAAUCUUUAAGUAUAGAGGGAAUUGAGAUUGUGAACAUCCAAAGAAGAAUGUUUGAACCUUUGAAAAACCUGACACACAUAUACUUUAAGAAAUUCCAGUAUUGCGGAUACGCUCCCCACGUGCGGAGCUGCAAGCCCAACACGGAUGGCAUCUCCUCUUUGGAGGAUCUGCUGGCCAACAUCGUGCUGCGCGUCUUUGUCUGGGUGGUGUCGGCCACCACCUGUUUCGGAAACAUCUUUGUCAUUGGAAUGAGGUCCUACAUCAGAUCUGAGAACAAGCUGCAUGCCAUGUGCAUCAUAUCUCUUUGCUGUGCUGAUGGUUUAAUGGGCGUCUACCUCUUUGUGAUUGGAGCAUUUGACCUGAAGUUCCGGGGCGAAUACAACCACCAUGCCCAGGCUUGGAUGGACAGCUCUGAGUGUCAGGUGGUGGGCUCCCUGGCCAUGCUCUCCACGGAGGUGUCAGUCCUGCUGCUCACCUACCUGACCCUGGAGAAGUACGUCUGCAUUGUGUACCCCUUCCGGUACAUCUCCCCCAGGAGAGGACGCACGGUGACCGUUCUUAUCAGCAUAUGGGUCCUGGGGUUCGCCAUCGCCUUCAUCCCCCUGGUCGGCAAGGGAAUCUUCCGGAACUUCUACGGGACCAACGGCGUGUGCUUCCCCUUGCACUCUGAGCAGCCGGAGACUCUGGGGGCCCAGGUCUACUCCAUCAUCAUUUUCCUCGGUUUGAACUUGAUAGCAUUUCUGAUCAUUCUGAUAUCUUAUGGAAGUAUGUUCUACAACAUACAAAGAACUGGGACCCGGGCCACAAAAUACAGAAAUCACAUCAAGAAGGAGGUGACCAUUGCCAAGCGCUUUUUCUCCAUUGUUAUCACAGACUCUCUCUGCUGGAUACCCAUCUUUAUCCUCAAGAUUUUAUCUUUGACAAAGGUGGAAAUACCAGGCACAAUCAGUUCCUGGGUGGUGAUAUUCAUCCUGCCAAUCAACAGUGCCCUCAACCCCAUCCUCUACACUCUAACCACCCGCCCAUUCAAGGAGACCAUUCUCCAAGUGUGGGAAAACUACAGACAAAGAAGAAGUCUCUCCAGCAUUCAGCAUUCUGCAUGCACACCGUCCUUCACUUGGUUGGAGAUGUGGCCACUUCAGGAGACCACACAUACUCUGUCAUUGCCAGAGUAUUCAACACACCCCAAUGAAACAUUGGGAAAAUCCCACCUACUGCCACUGAAAUGCACAGUCCAUCAGUCUGAAUAA